AUUAAUAAUGGACGAUAGUUUGAAUAAUACAUAGCCCAAAAAGAAGACAUUUUACAUAAGAAAGAAAGCAGAUGAGAUGCAAAAGCAAUCUAAAUUAUAUUCUUAACUUCCUGGACUUGCGAAUUAUAUAAUACCAGGAGCAGUAUUAGUUUAUGAAUUAUAUAAUAAGUCAUUUAACCCUGGAUUAUCUAUAGGUUCAAAAAUGAUGGUAAAGAAGCCCACAUCAGGUGUGCCAUCAUAAAUGAGUAGAGGAGGAUAAGAUAAAUAGGAUCCUAGAGCUAGUACACCAAAGGGACCAAUUAGUAGAAUAUCUGAGAUGGAUGAAGAAGAGAAGAAGAAUGAAGUAGAAGGUCCUUAGGUAUGAAUUUGAAUAAUAUAUGUAUAGUUGAAAAUGAAAAAGGAACAUAUAUCAUUUUUGGUUAAAACUGAAACAGUCGGUUAUGAUAAUGUAGUUGUCUCAAAUAAUGGAAGUGCUGCUAUUUAUUAUGAGUGGAAAAGAAUAGAGAGUGUUAGAAAAUAACCUAAUUCAAUAUAAGAUAUUAAUGAGGAGAGAUUCUUUUGUCAUCAUGAUUAGAAUGUAAUUAAACCUGGAGAAAGAAUUAAAUUUGUGUUUAGUUUUCUAUCUAAAUAAGCAGGGGUGUUUAAUGAAGAAUGGGAAUUAAAAUGUGAACCUCCAUGUUUAAAUUAAUUACCUAAUUUAAAAUUAACAGGAAUAGCAUUUAUAGAUGAUGAAUUAACUAAUGGAAGAAAGGAAUUUUAAAAAUAAGUUAAAAAUAAGUUUGCAUUGAAAAUAGCUACAGAAAUUGUAGAUGAUAUAUUUGAAGAAGUUAAAACACCACCACCUCCUAAGCCUGAUCUUAAUGAUCCUGAACAAUUUAAAAUUGAAUUUGAAGAAUUAAAUCUAGGUGAAUAAUUAUGGUUUACACAUGAGAUUAUGAAUUUCUUUAAUUUCUCAUCAGAUGAAAUAUGUUAAAUUUUAAAAUAAGAUAUACCAUGGAAUGGAGAUGUAAAAUAAUUAAGAUAAUCAUGUCAUACAAUAGAUGAAGAAGAAAUUAAAGAAUUAGUUUUACGUAAAUUAGAAUUAUGGGUUAAAUUGGCUAAGAAAGUACCAAUAUCUCGUAAUCCUAUAUAUAGUGUUGUUAAAGAUUUAAUAGGCGAUGUAGCUAAUUAAGUACCAUAAUUAUCAGAAGAUAUGCGUAAAGAAUUAUAAAUGUGGGAAUAUACAUUUCAUGAACCUGAAGAUUUAACACCAGAAAAAGCUAAAGCUAAAUUAGAUGAAUUUAAUAAAAUGAAAGCUAAUUGGUUAAAAAAUGCAAAAAAAAAGAAAUGGAAUGAAGAAAUGGAAAAGGAAUUAAUUGAAGAAUAUAAAACUAAAUUAGGAAUUAAAGUAUCUGAAGCAUUAGCAUAAGCAGCUAUUAAAUUAGAAAAUGAUGGAUAAUUAUUAUAAGUAGGUGCAUUAAUGAAACCAGAAUUAAAAUGGAAUGUAUUUAGAAGAAGAAGAUAUUAAUCUACCUAUUUUUAUGAUUUACUUAGAAAAAAAACUAUAUAAGAUUCAGAUAUUGAAGGUAAAAAAAUUGGAUUAAAAGUUCAUUUAAAAUUAGCUAAUAGACCAGAUGUUUAUGAACUUAAAGAAAAGUUUGAGUAAAAAUUAUUAAAAGAAUAAGAAGAGGAAAAUAAAAGAUUGGAAGAAGAAAGAUUGGAAAAAGAAAGAUUGGCAUAAGAAGCAGCUAAAAAGAAAGGAAAAGGUAAACCAGUUAAAUAAAAAGAAGUUGAAGUUGUUUAAGGUAAUAUAUAUUAUUAUAUAAAUAUUUAUAGUUUAAUAAAAGAAUUAUGAUCUUAGUCAUUUAGAUUAAGCAACGCUUUAAGAAUGUGUAGAAACACUUAAAUUAUUAAUGGAAAGAUAAGCUAAAAUAGUUGUAUUAUUAGUAAGUUAUGAUAAUCCAAGUGGAAAAUAUAAAUUUACAUCAUCUACUAAAUUCUUUUAUGAAUGGUUAAAGACUCAAUUAGAAUGUCCAGUAUAUUUUAAUGAUGUUAUAAUUGAAAAUUUAGAUGAAUAAUUGGAAACUUAAACAUUUUAAGAAAAUAGUGUUUUAGUUUUAGAAAACUUAUUCUUCUACCCAGAUGAAGUUGGUUAUUCUGAAGAGGAACCAGAUAUAGAAUCAAAAACUCCUUAUAGAACUUUAUUACCAUAUGGAAAUAUAUAUAUUAUAGGAGAUAGAGUUAAUUUCUUUUCAAGAUUUUAUCCAUCAAUAAUUCAUAUGAAUGCUGAUUAGACAAUUUUAUCUUCAGCUAUUGCAAAAGAUAUACACAUUUUAUGUCAUAAUCUUAUGGGAUGUUAGGAUAGAAAUGGAACAUUAAUUCUUGGAGGAGAUUUGACAGGAGAUAAAUUAUUAACAAUUGAUUAAUUAUCUGGACAUUUAUCAUCAAUUGUUUUAUUAGGAAAAUUGGGAUUGUCAUUUUAUUUAACAAUGUAUGAAAUUCCAAGUGAUCUUGUAUCAGAAGCUGUUAGAGAAGUAAUUAAAAAUCUACUUAAUGUACUGAGAGAUGAAUCAACUGAUAAACCUCCUUAAAGAUUAACUAGAAUUAGUCACCUUCCAGAAUAACCAAAACCUAAAGCAAGAUUAAUAUGUCCGUAAGAUUAUUUAAUUACUACACUCCCUGAAGCAUAUGAUCCUGCUAAUUAAGAACAUGUUUAAAUUGUUACAACCAGUAUUGCUCCUUUUGUACCUGAAGGCAAUAUAGUACUAGAAGAAGGUAAAAUACUUUUAGAUUAUGGACCGAAAACUAUUGAAAUUGUUAAACAAGAAAUCUAAAAUGCCCAAAGAUUAUUUUGGAUUGAUGAUGCCAAUCUUGCAUUGUAUAACAUUUAAAAAUAAAUUACUGUUCCUGAUUUUGAAGCUAUUGCCUUAUUAAAAAAGUUAAGAGAAGAAGAAGCUGAAAGAGAAAGAGAGAGAUUAGAAAAGUUAAAAGAAAAAAAAGGGGGAAAAGCUAAUAAAAAAGGUGUUAAAGAAGAACCACCAAAAGAACCUAUUAAUAGUAAUCUAUUUUUUUUAUUACUUUUUAUUAGUUAAAACCACUAAAGAAAUUAAUGUUCCUGUUUUUAAUCUUACUAACAAAGAACUUGGUUUGUAUAUUUAUGAAAUGAACUAAGAAAAAAAAGAUAGACAUUAACAUGCCCAAAAAUAAGGACAUUCAAUUGCAUAUGAUUUUAAUCAAGAUUGUGUGAUAACUAUUAUUGGUGAAAAAUUAGAAAAAGUGCUCAAUUAAGAGGAUUUUUAAAAUAUAGGCAAUGAGGAAGAAAUAGAAUAAGCUCCAGAACCCAGUUAAAGAGGUUCUUAAUUCCCUUAGAGUGAGGCAGGAGAAGAUUAAAAAGAAUAAGAAGAAGAACAAAUUGAAGAAGAAAAAGUCAAAAUUAAUUAAGUAAUCUUUUUAACUUAAAUAUUAAGGUCAAAUAAUUAUUAGCUGAUUUCUUUAUUCAAGAUUAAGAUUUCACUCUUUCAUUUCUUGCUGGAAAUUAAAUUCACAUCCAAACACUUGAUGAAUAUCCACCAAAACCAGAAUCAGAAAUUAAUGAGGAGUAAUAUUUUGAAGAAGAUAGUACUCCUUGAUAAAUAUACAUAUAUAUAUUAUUAUUAAUGUAAUUAUUUGAUGUUCCUUUUAUCAUAAGAUAAAAAUAAAAUUCUGACAUCAUUCAGAUCAUUAUUCAUUUGAAGAAGAAAGAACUUCUCAUAAUUAUCAAUAAUUACAAAGAAGAAAAUGUUCUUUUUGUUAAUUAUAANUUAAUGUACUGAGAGAUGAAUCAACUGAUAAACCUCCUUAAAGAUUAACUAGAAUUAGUCACCUUCCAGAAUAACCAAAACCUAAAGCAAGAUUAAUAUGUCCGUAAGAUUAUUUAAUUACUACACUCCCUGAAGCAUAUGAUCCUGCUAAUUAAGAACAUGUUUAAAUUGUUACAACCAGUAUUGCUCCUUUUGUACCUGAAGGCAAUAUAGUACUAGAAGAAGGUAAAAUACUUUUAGAUUAUGGACCGAAAACUAUUGAAAUUGUUAAACAAGAAAUCUAAAAUGCCCAAAGAUUAUUUUGGAUUGAUGAUGCCAAUCUUGCAUUGUAUAACAUUUAAAAAUAAAUUACUGUUCCUGAUUUUGAAGCUAUUGCCUUAUUAAAAAAGUUAAGAGAAGAAGAAGCUGAAAGAGAAAGAGAGAGAUUAGAAAAGUUAAAAGAAAAAAAAGGGGGAAAAGCUAAUAAAAAAGGUGUUAAAGAAGAACCACCAAAAGAACCUAUUAAUAGUAAUCUAUUUUUUUUAUUACUUUUUAUUAGUUAAAACCACUAAAGAAAUUAAUGUUCCUGUUUUUAAUCUUACUAACAAAGAACUUGGUUUGUAUAUUUAUGAAAUGAACUAAGAAAAAAAAGAUAGACAUUAACAUGCCCAAAAAUAAGGACAUUCAAUUGCAUAUGAUUUUAAUCAAGAUUGUGUGAUAACUAUUAUUGGUGAAAAAUUAGAAAAAGUGCUCAAUUAAGAGGAUUUUUAAAAUAUAGGCAAUGAGGAAGAAAUAGAAUAAGCUCCAGAACCCAGUUAAAGAGGUUCUUAAUUCCCUUAGAGUGAGGCAGGAGAAGAUUAAAAAGAAUAAGAAGAAGAACAAAUUGAAGAAGAAAAAGUCAAAAUUAAUUAAGUAAUCUUUUUAACUUAAAUAUUAAGGUCAAAUAAUUAUUAGCUGAUUUCUUUAUUCAAGAUUAAGAUUUCACUCUUUCAUUUCUUGCUGGAAAUUAAAUUCACAUCCAAACACUUGAUGAAUAUCCACCAAAACCAGAAUCAGAAAUUAAUGAGGAGUAAUAUUUUGAAGAAGAUAGUACUCCUUGA